CGACCGUCAUCCUCUCCCACCAGCUCGAUAAUGAGCUUGGCCAGACUACCCUCGGCGCUUCGAAUAGCGACGAGAAGGACAACAUGCCCUAGGCAGACCUCUUUUGUACCGUCGCUGUCUUUCACUAGACGAGCGUACACCACGAACCCACGGCCAUACACCAAUAUGCCGCAGUACACGACGUACGCGCCGCGGCCGUCGGGCAUAAUACCGAGACUACUCUAUCGCAAGGAUGGGUCCCCACGCAACAAGAAGUUUGGCUUCUUCAUGACUGUCGUAACGGCUGUCGGCGGCACCUCUCUCCUCAUCCUCGCGCAGGACCUCCUCGAGCUCGACCUCGAGAAUGCCGUCCUUAUGACUCUCAUCCUCAUGAUGCGCGUCGACUCCUACUACCCCUCCCUCGACCUCACCUCCGACGACGCCGUCCUCGAUCACCUCGCGCGCCUCUGCUCCGCGCUCUUCGACCCCGCCUCCGCGCCCGCCGUCGAUGCCCUCGUCGGCUUUGUGCGCACCAUGGACCCCGCGCUCCGCGCGCGCGCGCUCGACAUCGUGCGCCAGGAGACGCGCGAGAUCCACGCGCUGCUGGAGAAGCUGGACAGGGACUUUGAGAAGGACCUCGGCAUGGACCUCAUCCCGAUCGCGGAGGACGUGAGGGAGGUCGCGAUCCAUGCGUUCUAUCAGUUGUUGGAGGUGAUCGGGGAGGCGUCGCAGGAGGUGGAGUUUGCGCACUUGGUGAAGCAUAUACCGCAGCCAAAGAACGACCCGAAGGACAAGGAUCCGGAGAGCGACUACGAGCUCGUACAGUGAUCUGUCUACCUUCGCAUGCAGAUCGUCUGGCUAGGGCUCACGCACUUCAUGGUCGCAUACCUGUCGAGUGUGGCGCGAAAGGGAUGUAGAAGACGAAAUGCAUUGCUGUUCAGCGGGCCUAUCUGCA